UGAAGGCUGAUCAGCUGAUAUUUCGUUGAGCGCUGUGUGUGGAACAGCGUUGAAAACUGGGAGCCGGGAGUGGAAGACUAGUAGCUAGCUACAACAAUAGUAAGAAACCUAGAAAUCCAGGAGGAUCCCAUUGAUCGCUGAGCAGGUGCACCACACUACGCCAUCAUGGGGGAACUCUUCAGAAGUGAGGAGAUGACCCUGGCCCAGCUCUACCUCCAAUCAGAGUCUGCCUACUGCUGCGUCAGCGAAUUGGGCGAGAUCGGAAUGGUGCAAUUCCGUGAUUUGAACCCAGACGUGAACGUGUUUCAGCGCAAGUUUGUCAACGAAGUGCGUCGAUGUGAGGAGAUGGACCGCAAGCUUCGGUUUGUGGAGAAGGAGAUCAAGAAAGCCAGCAUUCCAAUGGUGGACACGGGAGAGAACCCAGAGGUCCCCCCCCCUAGGGACAUGAUUGACCUGGAGGCCACUUUUGAGAAGCUGGAGAAUGAGCUGAAGGAGAUCAACACCAACCAGGAGGCCCUGAAGAAGAACUUCCUAGAGUUGACGGAGCUCAAGCACAUCCUGCGCCGCACUCAGCAAUUCUUCGACGAGGUCAACUCCACUAUGGAGGACCCCAACCUGCUGGAGGAAUCGUCUACCCUGAUGGAUCCCGCUGAAGCAGGGACCCGUCCUCCUCUCAGACUGGGGUUUGUUGCUGGGGUGAUCAGCAGGGAGCGCAUCCCUACGUUUGAGAGGAUGCUGUGGAGGGUUUGCCGUGGUAACGUGUUCCUGAGGCAGGCAGACAUUGAAGACUCACUGGAGGACCCUGCCACGGGUGACCAGGUCUAUAAGUCUGUCUUCAUCAUAUUCUUCCAAGGAGAUCAGCUGAAGACUCGGGUUAAGAAGAUAUGUGAAGGGUUCCGAGCGUCACUGUACCCCUGUCCAGAGACCCCCCAGGAGAGGAAGGAGAUGGCUGCAGGGGUGGCCACCCGUAUCGAUGACCUGCAGAUGGUGCUGAACCAGACGGAGGACCACAGACAGCGGGUCCUGCAGGCUGCAGCCAAGACCGUCAGGGUGUGGUUCAUCAAGGUGAGGAAGAUGAAGGCUGUCUACCACACCCUGAACCUGUGCAACAUCGAUGUCACCCAGAAGUGUCUGAUCGCCGAGGUGUGGUGCCCCGUGUCAGACAUGGACUCAAUCCAGUUCGCCCUGCGGAGAGGCACGGAGAAGAGUGGUUCCACCGUCCCCUCCAUCCUCAACAGGAUGCAGACCAAGCAGACCCCGCCCACCUUCAACAAGACCAACAAGUUCACCUCGGGCUUCCAGAACAUCGUAGACGCCUACGGCAUCGGGAACUACCGCGAGAUGAACCCAGCCCCAUACACCAUCAUCACCUUCCCCUUCCUAUUCGCUGUCAUGUUUGGGGACCUGGGCCACGGGGUGCUCAUGACCUGCGCUGCCCUCUACCUGGUCCUGAGAGAGAGCCGCCUGGUCGCCCAGAAGAACGACAACGAGAUGUUCAGCAUGGUGUUUGCUGGGCGCUACAUCAUCCUACUGAUGGGCAUCUUCUCGAUCUACACCGGCAUCAUCUACAACGACUGCUUCUCCAAGUCACUCAACCUGUUUGGCUCUGGCUGGAGCGUCAGGCCCAUGUUCGACCUCCGCGUUAACAACCUCACCUGGUCGUUUCAGACACUUGAUGAAAACAAGGUUUUACAGUUGGACCCUGCAGUACGAGGAGUCUUCAAUGGACCUUACCCCAUUGGCAUUGACCCAAUCUGGAACAUCGCCACCAACAAGCUGACCUUCCUCAACUCCUUCAAGAUGAAGAUGUCAGUGAUCCUGGGGGUCAUCCACAUGCUGUUUGGAGUGUCUCUCAGUCUCUUCAACCACCUGUAUUUCAAGAAACCCCUGAAUAUCUACCUGGGCUUCAUCCCAGAGAUUGUGUUCAUGGCCAGUUUGUUUGGGUACCUGGUCAUCCUGGUCUUCUAUAAGUGGUUGGCCUACGACGCUCACACCUCCAGAAAUGCUCCAAGUCUUCUCAUCGCCUUCAUCAACAUGUUCCUGUUCAACUAUAGCGACCCCACCAACCAACCCCUCUACAGAGGACAGAUGGUUAUUCAGACGCUGCUGGUGUUGAUAGCCUUGGCGUGUGUUCCCUGUAUGUUGAUAGUGAAAACCCUGGUUAUGCGGCGACAGUACCUCUGGAAGAAGAACUUGGGCACCCAGAACUUUGGAGGGAUCCGGGUGGGAAACGGCCCAACGGAGGACCAGGCUGAGAUCAUCCAGCAUGACCAACUCUCCCAGCACUCAGAGAACGACGAGCAUGAGGCCCCCGAGGAGGAAGUGUUUAACUUUGGGGACGUGGCUGUGCACCAGGCCAUCCACACCAUAGAAUACUGUCUGGGCUGCAUCUCCAACACAGCUUCCUACCUACGCCUAUGGGCCCUCAGCCUGGCCCACGCACAGCUGUCAGAGGUUCUGUGGACCAUGGUGAUGCACCUUGGACUGUCCUCCAGGAGCUUUGGGGGUUUCGUUGCCCUGUCCAUCAUCUUCGGGGCCUUCGCCGUCCUCACUGUCUGCAUCCUGCUCAUCAUGGAGGGCCUGUCUGCCUUCCUGCACGCACUGCGUCUGCAUUGGGUGGAAUUCCAGAAUAAGUUCUACGUAGGCCAAGGCUUCAAGUUCCUCCCGUUCACCUUUGAAAGCAUUCUGGAGGGAAGGUUUGAGGACUGAACACUGUCCUGACCACUGCUCCUAUAACCUCUCUGUUUCUCUUGACAGCCAAUGUGAUGUUGGUGUAAGGUAGACUCCACCCACCCUGGGUGUUGCCACAGGAUCCCAUGUGAUUAACUCUGAGCUCGCUGGUCAGGAUCUUGGGUAAAAUGGCUCUUUUUGAAAAUCUGAAGUUAAUCACAUCUGUAUUUCAUAUCCUGGUGCCGUGAUUGUUUUGUUUGUUCGAUAAAUUAUUUAACGUGU